AUGUGUUUUAAAGGUGAGAAGGCUCAACUGGAGUAGAGUUUUGAGUGGGAGCUGAAAGGACUACAAGAGGAGCAACAGCAGGAGCUCAAGGCCCUACAGCAGAGACUGGUAGAGGAGUGUACCUCUGAGAUACAGCGACUCCAGCAACAGCAGAACAGCCACCUGGUGCAGCUGCGUUCCCAGCACCAGGAACUGAUCGAGGAAAUGAAUGAAAUACAUGAGAGGGCCGUGAUGGAGAUGGAAGCGACACAUGGUGCCACAUUGGUCACUUUACAGGAAGAACACACAAGAACUGUCAAGAACCUGAAGAUGGCACAUGAGCAGCAAAAGAAGUCAAUGGAAGAGGAAUUUGAGAAGCUCAGGCUCUCACUGCAGGAUCAGGUGGACACCUUGACAUUUCAGAACUGUGCUCUACGAGACCGGGCCAAACGCUUUGAAGAAGCACUGCGCAGAAGCACAGAUGAGCAAAUAGUGGAUGCUCUUGCUCCGUAUCAGCAUAUUGAGGAGGACCUGAAGAGUCUUAAAGGGGUUCUGGAGAUGAAGAAUCAGCAGAUUCAUCAACAGGAGCUCAAAAUUUCAGAGCUGGAAAAAAUGGCCCAAAAGAAUGUUAUGUUGGAGGAGCGUAUUCAGGUGUUACAGCAGCAAAAUGAAGACCUGAAGAACAGGAUUGACCGCAACCUUGCCAUGUCCAGGCAACUAUCAGAGGAAAAUGCCAACCUCCAGGUGUAUGUUGAGAAAGAGAGCAACGAGAAGAAACGGCUGAGUCGCACCAAUGAAGAGCUGAUGUGGCGUCUUCAAACGGGCGAAUUGAGUCCUCGAAUGUCUCCCAACCAGUCGCCCCUUCAUAGAUCAGCCUCUAGUCCAGCUUCACCCUCCCGACAACAGCCCUUCCCUAGAUGAGUGUCUCUCACACUCUAUUUUUUUCUUUUAACUCCUGUUUCUCAUUGUGGAUUCUGAUUAGAUGGAACAGAGGAUGCUCUCACACCUCUGAUAUCAUAGAUAUGGUCAUAGUGCUUUCGGUUUCAUGCCAAUGUCGAUGUUACUGUAUUAGUUAGUUGAUACAGUGGUCAGGAUUUGAGUUGGAUAUACGUAAUUAUGUAAAUAGUUCACCCAAAAAUGUAACAUUCUAUCAUAAUUUACUUAUUCUGAACCUGCAUGACUGACUUAUGUGGAGCAUAAAUGGAGAAAUUAUUAAUUUAUGAUUGCUUUUUCGCGCAAUUACAAUGAAUUGCGACUGAAGCUUUUAAGUUUUAAAUACUUCAUUGUAAUACUCCGCCUAUAGUGUUACUGGAUAGUUGAAUCAGUGAGUUUAUCUCGAGAACUAAGUCAGUCUGAUUCAUGAAGAAUCAAUCAGGUUCAAGAAUCAAUCAGCAAUCUAAGCCAAUUAUGGUUGAAAAUUCCAUUUCUAUCCACAUAGUUCAAUGAUUCAGCAUUUGUAUUUGAAACUGCAGUUCUAAUAAUUGUUUGCAAACCAUCUUAAAGUUGUUUGGUUGGAACUACAGCCUUCAACCUGUGAUUAGGAUU